CGGUGGUCGAUGCGCUUCACCCCCUCACUGUAUCACCUGGUAUCACCCAAAGGGCGUUCGUCGCGCAAUUUAAAUCUAAACGUGUUUCGGAAAAUCCCCCACCGCCAGCAAUUUACCCUAGUGAUAUGGCAUCAUCCCUGAAGAUGAUGGAUUUUCUAUCGCUAACCAUUUACCUGACAUGGAAAUUUUGAACAUCAUCAUCACAGUGGAACAACAACUCAUGAGACUAUUUUCCAGCAUUGAUAGACACAUAACAUGAUGGGGCCCACUGACGGGCCCCCCCGCCCCUCGGUCGUUUUUCAAUAAUCAUCCAUUAUUUCUGGAGUAUUAAAAAUAAAAACAAGCUCAAUGAAAAUAAUGGUGUUUUUUCUGACAAACGCGCCUUCUCGUGGUUCGUCUCGAAGCGUGUGUACUGUGUAUGGUCGCGCGCGCGCGCCGAUAUCCAUCCCAUGGUCGUUAUUAUGCGCUCGGGGUCAGUGAGAUAAGUGGAAACACUCAUUAUUUUAUACCUUCCCACGUACCGUAAACACUAACUCGUGUACGCAAUAAUGACGAUAAAUAGUUGAUUAAAUUCUUCGACUGAAAUUUCAGUAUUAUUAUUAUUAUUAUUAUUAUUAUUAUUACUAUAAUAUUAUUAAUUUAUUAAAAAAUAGUAUUAUUGUGAUUGUCGAUGCUGGGGGUGGAUGGUGGUGGUACGUAAUGUGACAGUGAUGAGAAACGUGCUAUCUCGGUCGUGAUGAUGCUUGUGUGAUCCUUUUUUUAUUUAUCCACUCGAUAAGAUUUGCUAAUAUGCCAAUUUACAAUUUAAUCUUCCGAUGAUUCUUCGUGCCAAUAAUUUUUAUCAUAAUUUUUUAAAGUUCAUUGAAUGAUGGGUGUCGAUGGGUCAAUAAGGGAAUAUCAGAGCGUUCGGCUGAUGAUCAAUUUAAUUGAGUGCUAGGAUUAUUACUAUCCAUUUUCAUUCGAUAGAGGCUGCAAUCAUGGUCGACCUUGGAGGAUACAUCAUCAUUCUCAUGAAUGAUAAUGGCAAGAUCAAACUGUAUGGAUCAUCAGCGGAUAAUGCUGAUUACCCAGAACUGGGGGAUGAAAUUUUGGAAGUCAACGGCCGGACACUAGAAAAUGCAACUGAUACCGAAGUUAGUCAGCACAUUCUUCAGUGCAUCAAAUCGGGGACAAUAAGCCUGCAGGUGACGCGCCGAACGGGCAACAAAAUUAAAGAAUUGGACGGGCCAAAUGCAGAGAGAAUACGAGAUGCCUGGGUAAUUGCACUCGAGAGGGGUGCUCGAGAGCGACUGCAAAAAUUACCGGCACUGAAGAAAAUUCAACCGAGGGAUAUUCAGGCAAUACUUCAUCAACAGAUAAACGAGGGCUCAGCCUCUACGAGUACGGGUGAAACCCCUGAAAAAGACGUGACCAACAGCCACAUCACUGUUACUUUGGCAGAUGGUCAACCUGGAAAUCGUAAUAUUCCAGUCAAGUUGAGCAACGGAACGGUACGGAAGGACGGUUUCGCCAACGACGAGAUAGAAUCAAAAGACGUUAGAAGAGAGGCGUUAGAAAAACAGAAAAGCUACCCCGAAGAGCAAAAGCUCCAGCCCCGAGUGACGACCAACAGGAUCAAUGAGCGGCGAGCCAGCAGUCCAUUCCAGAAUGGUAGAACUGAGGUGCUGAUUGGGGAACCCGAAGGCGGACCUAGGUCACCCAGAGGCUCAACUUCAUCGGCCAUCAACGAUGGAAAUUUCCUGAAUUUUCCUAGAGAAAUCGACAAUCCAGAACCCAUUUGGAGGUCUAGAAGACGCAGCAAUAGUGGCGUGACAGACAUUCACUUGCAGCAGGCUCAGGUGCAUGAUAACAAUAACGGUGUCGAUCAGACCAAAGAGUCACGUGACAAUACAGGCGUCCCCGAUGAGAUGUGGACCCCGGGCCUGACCCCGGGCCACCAUCGGGAAUUGCCAGUGGAUGUCCCCGACACCCUCCUCCAGCAGGCAUACGCCAACAAGGUAAUAACUGAUAAUACCUCCAAUUUAAGUAGAAACGAGCCACCAACACGUGUCACCAAUACCCGUAGCGCUAGCCAUCACAAUACCGCCCAACAAAUAAAUCGUGAUAAACGCGAUCCUGAAAAUCAUCGUCGGCUAAAAAUCGAGGAAAGUGGAAAGUCGAUGAGCGAUCAUCACCUCAGAAGCAUUUAUCAAAGUGACAAUUCCGAUAAUAACAUGAUCGUGAUCGGUAACGAUGGCGUUUCCGGAGUAAUAAAGCCCAGAAUAAUCGAAAUAACCCUGAGAAAUAACGACAAGAAUGAAAGAUCAAAAACAAUAAUGGAUAUAUUGGAUAAAUCAAUUCAGCCAGAGGUAAGAGAAUCUAGUGUCGACGGUGACUAUGAUGACUAUCCCUUCGCCAAAGAGGACUAUCCAACGAUGCUCAAGACAUGCAGUGAUGCGUCAGCAAGUCCUCGAAGCUCCUCAGGUAGAUCAGACAGCACAGCAGCAAUGGACGCGAGUUUGAUAGUGAUUCCUGGUAAGGAGUCACCUCUGUACGAUGCACGUAGAAUUGACCUGGGAUCGCCCUGUCGAGCGGUCUCGAUUGGUGGUAACCUAUUUCUCAGUAACCGAGGAGAGUCCUUAUCAACGUCCUUCGAUAAUCCUGCUUACGGCUUGGAUCUGGAUCUUCAUCAGGGCCUCCUCAUGCGCUCCGAAGAGAUGACCGAUCUCACUCUCUUAUUUGAAAAUAAUCAGAAAUCAUUGAACAAGACAGAGAUUGAGAGAGAUCAUCGACAAGGAGAGCUCAUUUCCGCAGCUUCAACAGACGAUCUUCUCUCCAAUGAUGUCACUGAUUUUGUCGCUGUUACCACCCCCGAGACUAGAAAGACCAAGAAGAAACGCUCGUCAAGUGGUUACUCUACCCUUUGCAGCGAUACCGAUUCCUCGAAUAAAUCCUUCCUCGUUAUCAGAUCUAAACGUUCAUUUCGUGAAGUCGCUGUUGAUUGUCCAGCUGAUUUUGUCCCCAUGACCAAGGGUCAUCCAAUCUAUCCGCCACCGCCACCGCCACCGCCACCGCCGCCACCGUCACCGCCACCGAGCAGAAAAAUCCAAGAUAUCGCCAAUAAACAUACACAGUCCUCCGAUAAUUUAAUAAGUACCAUUAAACGAGACUAUCGUGAGCCUCACCAUUAUGUGGCCGAUGGAUCGAAGAGUAAUGUUAAGACUGGCUUGAAUGGUGUUAAGCCCGCGAUUCCUCCCCGUGAUCAGAAGAGAGCUCCAGCGAGACCGCCGAAGGACAAUGUGAGAAUAUCCAAUCGCAAUAAUAAUAUCGAGAUUAACGAGAACAUCAACACGACUAAUGAAUCGAUACAGCAACCCCAGCCUACGCCUCAGCAACUCCACUCAAUUAAAAAAUACCAGGAACAAUUACGACAGAGAAAAGAUCAUGGAGAGCGCCAGGAAUGUCUUCAUCAAUCGAUACGUGGCUCAAAAAAGCUUCACGCCCUUGAGAGCCACACAACGAGUCUCGCGGGUCAGGAAAACCUUGCUUAUACUCAGGAUGAACUAUCGACACCUACUCCAACGGCAGAACGGAAACGGUGCUCUGCUUCACUGAAAGCAGAAGAAGAAGAAGAAGAAGAAGAAGAAUCCUCAAUAACUUUAACUUAUGGAGAAGUCGUGGCAAUACUCGAGAGGCUGCAGAUGCAACUGAAGAAUCUAUCAGGGGCUCUGGGCAUCUCCGGUCCUGGGGUUGAGGCGGAGUUGGACGCAGUUCGAACGCUUUUGAUACAAAGGAAGUUCGCAACAGCUCUCAGUACCCAUCAAGUACUUAGGUCAAGGUUGAGGGCGGAUAAAUUACCCAAACAUUGUGAUGAUGAUGCUUCCAACUUGGCGCAUGACUGUGUCGAAGUCCUGGAGGAAUGGCAAUCAUCGAACGUAAAGUCAAGCGAGAAUAUAGCCCUCGUCGAGGAGCUAACAGGCUUAUUAACGAGCUACGAAAUGGAGGGUUUAUUAUUAUCACACGACUCGGUGAUAUCAUACGUUGAUGGAGUGCAACGUAAGCAGAGUCCGUCUUCCUCGUCCCCCAGUGAAACACCAAGUCUUUCAUCUAGUUAUCGAGAUUCAAGAAACACAGAGAAUAUUAAGAUAAUUAAAAUUGAGAAGACGAAUGAACCACUCGGUGCUACAGUCAGAAAUGAAGGGGAUGCUGUUAUAAUUGGAAGGGUUGUUCGAGGUGGUGCUGCAGAGAAAUCUGGUCUCUUCCACGAAGGAGAUGAAGUUCUAGAAGUAAAUGGUGUCGAAAUGAGAGGCAAGAGUGUCAAUGAAGUCUGCGAUAUUCUAGCUGGAAUGCAGGGGAGUUUGACUUUCCUCGUCUUACCAGCCUCCAAUAAUUAUCGAAAUAAUGUGGCUAACACUGUGAAAGAUGAGAAUAGUCAGAUACACCACGUAAGAGCUCACUUCGACUACGACCCAGAAGAGGAUCCUUAUAUACCGUGUAGAGAGCUUGGUGUAAGCUUCCAGAAGGGUGAUGUCCUCCACGUCAUAUCUCAAGAGGAUUCCAACUGGUGGCAGGCGUACCGCGAGGGUGAGGAGGAUCAGACUCUAGCGGGUCUAAUUCCAAGUAAAGCCUUCCAGCAUCAGCGAGAAUCCAUGAAGCAAACAAUAGCGGGGGGUAAAACUACGGUCCGAGGAGGGAAGAAAUCGAGUACCUUAUUGUGCACGAGAAAAAAUCCAAAGAAGAAAAAGAAACGGAGUAAAUUUGGGGGUAAUUUGAAUGAGGAUGGGUAUCCACUCUAUUCAACUUCGACAAUCGAUGAUUACGACAGCGAGGAGGUGUUAACGUAUGAAGAGGUGGCACUCUAUUACCCACGUGCAAGUCAUAAGAGACCAAUUGUUUUAAUAGGACCUCCGAAUAUCGGAAGACACGAGCUGCGGCAACGUCUCAUGCAGGACAGUGAACGUUUUGCUGCUGCGAUACCACAUACAAGUAGACCACGAAAAGGUUCAGAAGUUGAUGGUCAGGACUACCACUUCAUCUCUCGAUCGCAAUUCGAGUCGGAUAUUCUCUGCAGAAAAUUCGUGGAGCACGGAGAGUACGAGAAAGCGUACUACGGCACAUCUGUUGAGGCAAUUCGAACAGUCGUGAAUUCCGGAAAAAUUUGUGUUCUGAAUCUCCAUCCCCAGAGUUUAAAAAUCCUCCGGAAUUCGGAUUUGAAGCCUUAUGUGGUGUUCGUAGCCCCUCCGAGUCUCGAAAAAUUGCGUCAGAAACGGCUCAAGAAUAACGAGAGUUUCAAAGAGGAAGAGCUCAAGGAUAUAAUCGAAAAGGCGAGGGAGAUGGAGGACAAGUACGGACAUCUCUUCGACAUGAUCAUUAUUAAUAACGAUACUGAUCGUGCUUAUAAUCAAUUACUCACGGAGAUAAAUUCACUGGAACGCGAGCCUCAGUGGGUGCCAGCCACCUGGGUCCAGUGAUAACACAUUAUACCAUUAUGAAACGAUGAAAUUCACGUAGAUAAAACGAAUGAUAACGUCGAAAUGCUAUACUCUAGGCCAUUUAUGAGUGCCUCUAUUUUAUUUAUGAAGAAUAAAAUGUUGGGGGAGCUGGGGCAACAUUGACAUUUGACUUUUUUUUUGUUUUUUUUUUUCCAAUGAUUCCACGCACUAAAAAAUUCUAUUGCAUUUUUUUUGUUUCCGAAUGGGGAAGCAUUUUGCCGCUAUAGUUAGUAUUGUGAAGCUAUAAACUUUGAUAAAAAUUUCAGACCAUUCGGAAGCCUUUCUUCAAUGUAUUGAUGGCGAAAUAAAAAAAUAAGACAUCGCUCAGUGAUAUGCUCGCUGUCUUCUAGUUGGUUUUCUUUUUUUUGUCCUAUAGAAACUAUGUCCAAUAGAAACUAUUUUAUAGAAAAAGAUAAAAAACAGUAGAAUUGCAGGCAUUUUCUAUAAAAAUUAUUCAAUACACCAAUCUAUUGAUAUUUUUCCAUAAAAAAAAUAUUUCUCACAAAAUGACAGGGUAAAAUGGCAUAAUUUUCCAUAGAAAUGCAAUAGCAUUUUUUUACACGUAGGAAAGUACAAUUAUUCCCCUUUGUCAUAAGCUAGCCUAACCUACUCACCUCAAAUCAACUGUCCAUUUUGCCCCAUCCUCCCCUGAAUUAUCAUCACUACCGAAGCUCUGAAUCUCGAGGGUGUGACUGGGUGUGUGGUAACAAUACUUAGAUCCGAAAUAUGUGUCAAAAUGAUGAUUAUAGAUAUAGAUGAUAAUAAAUAUGAAAUAUGUACAGAUUAUUGAUACUUACGAUUUGGAAUUGUACGAUUGCGAGAUUCAUGCGGAGAUAUUUUAUACAUGUACGUAUGUGAGUGACGAAUGUUGAGGGGGAAGAGAGGAGUUUAAUACUCUUGGAGGAGGAAAUUUAAUACUCUUGGUAGGGAUGAAUGCUUCAGUUUUAGGUCUCGUUGGGAAUUCAACAUUUUAAUGUAUGUAUACUUGACUAUAUCAAGUGUUAUUUAUUAUAUUUUCUUUCCAAACAUUAUUUGUUUGAGAAAAUUGUAUGAAUGAUUCAGGGCAAUUGCUAUUUACUGUCGUUUUGUUCAUUCAAUACUCAAAUGCAACAAUUUUUUGAUAGAAUAGCUAUGACGAUGUGAUAGCUUCACUUUAUCAGAGAUUUUCUUAUUCAGAAAUGACAUAGUUCAAUGGAUCAUCUUGUUAUGCAUGCCUGGAAAUUUUUAAUCCGACUCUUGAAAAUAAUGAAUAAGAAUUUAUACAAAAAGAAUCCAUGUCGAGUGCUGAAUCUGAAACAUUCAUUCAUUGAGUUUCGCAUCUGUCCAAGAGUUGAAUAUUUUAUCCCAAUUAAAAUUAAUUUCCAACAACUCAUUGUUAAAGUAAUUUGUAUUAUUUUAACUGCUCGGGUCAAAUUAUAAAAGAAAAAAAAACGUCCUCAACUCUGUAAAUAAUUGAAUAGUUGUGUAGAUAAAAAAAUUGAAAUAGAAUCGAAAAGAAUAAAGAAAUGCGAAAUUAUUUAUUAGAAAACUGUGAAUAAUCAUGCAAUAAACCAUAAACAGUAACAGAAAUGGAAACUGGCUCUAAGACACCUCCACAAUAUCCAAUAAUUAAUCGAUUAAAACCCUGUCAUUAUUGUUGUAUUAUCUUGUUGAUGUUGUUGUUGUUGUUGUUCUUGUUCUUGUUGUUGUUGUUGUUCUUGUUGUUAUUCUUGUUGUUAUUGUUGUUAUUGAUGGCAUUGUACCUUGACCUAGAGUGCCGUUAUCAGCCGACAAAAAUCAUAAGGAAAAUAAUCAUAACGGAGAAAGUGGUUGAGAGAUAUAUCUUCAUCGCUCUUCAUGAGAAUCUCAAAAAUGAAUAAUCAAAUCUAAAUGUUUUUGUUUAUCUGAAAUUAUAAUUCAGUCUUCGAGUGAAUUUAUCUGGAAUGUGACGAACAGGUAGAGUCAAAGUAAUGAAAAUUAUCUGGAGAAAUUGAAAAAGUGUCUUAUAAUGAUGAAUACUCGGUAUAUAUGGAAUGAAUGCAGAAUACACACAUACGUACAUGUCCUUCUUGGGGAAUGAUUCACAGGGACAAAAAAUUCGUUCUGAGAAAAAAAUUAUUAAUAUUCUAUUACAAUUCUGUUGGUAUUUUAGACCUAUUUUUCAUACAAGUUGAAUUUUUUUUAAUCAAUAGAUUUUUUCCGAUUUUUCUUAUGAAAAUUUUUGGUGAUCAUUUUUCUUUGUUUAUCUGUAAAUCCAAGAAGUCAAAAUCCAAGAAGAAAAACUUGAAAAAUUCAUGGAUAAGAGUUUUUUUCAAUCCAAUAAUCUUUGUUAAAAAAACCAAUUAGGCGCAAAAACAAACAAAAUUAUUCAUAAAAUUCCAAUGGAAUUGUAAUGGAACUUGAAGUGAAUUCUUAUUAAAUUAAUCAAUUUAUCCUGUAAAAAAUAAAUAACAGAAAAUUCA